AUGCUAAGAUUUACAAAUACAAGAACUUUGCAACAAACUUCUCUCAUGAAAAGUUUCCUAAGACUGCAAUCCACAGUUACCAUUCCCAAGAUGCAAAAAGGUGUGAUCUUCUACGAGACAGGUGGCCCCCUACACUACAAGGACAUCCCUGUCCCCAAACCAAAGGCUAACGAAAUUCUGAUCAACGUCAAAUAUUCAGGUGUCUGUCAUACGGAUUUGCACGCUUGGAAGGGGGACUGGCCAUUAGCUACUAAAUUACCUCUAGUUGGUGGUCAUGAAGGGUCUGGUGAAGUGGUGGCCAUGGGGGAGAACGUGAAGGGAUGGAAGAUUGGGGAUUUGGCCGGGAUCAAAUGGUUGAAUGGGUCUUGUAUGUCUUGUGAAUUAUGUGAAUCAGGUCAUGAAUCCAACUGUGAACAUGCUGAUUUGUCCGGGUACACUCAUGAUGGGUCAUUCCAACAGUAUGCCACUGCGGAUGCCGUGCAGGCUGCUAGAAUUCCUAAGGGAACCAAUAUGGCUGAAGUAGCACCUAUCUUGUGUGCUGGUAUCACAGUUUAUAAGGCUUUGAAAGAAGCUGACAUGAGAGCUGGGCAAUGGGUUUGUAUCUCCGGAGCUGCAGGUGGGUUAGGGUCCCUAGCAGUUCAAUAUGCUAAGGCUAUGGGUUACAGAGUCAUUGGUAUUGAUGGCGGUCCAGGCAAGGAAGAAUUGUUCAAAUCUCUUGGUGGAGAAAUCUUUGUUGAUUUCACCAAGACCAAGGAUAUCGUUGCCGAAAUUCAAGAAGCCACUAGAGGUGGUCCACAAGGUGUCAUUAACGUCUCUGUCUCAGAGGCUGCCAUCUCUUUGUCCACUAAGUAUGUGAGACCCACCGGUACCGUUGUUCUUGUUGGGUUACCAGCUCAUUCUUACGUCAAGUCUGAAGUGUUCUCUCACGUUGUUAAAUCCAUCAAUAUUAAGGGUUCCUACGUCGGUAACAGAGCAGACACUAGAGAAGCUCUAGAUUUUUUUGCCAGAGGAUUAAUAAAAUCCCCAAUUAAGAUCAUUGGUCUAUCCGAAUUGCCAAACGUCUACAAGCUAAUGGAGGAAGGUAAAAUCUUGGGUAGAUACGUUGUGGACACCAGUAAAUAG